AGCUCGGUUGGUUAUAAUCCUCUCGGCCGAGUUGACUGUGCUCGUCUGGGUCCGCAAGGACCGUCUACAAGUUAUCGUCCGGUGUCAUCGUCUGGAAGCGGCAAGACGUCGUCUGCUCGCACCGGCGUGUCGUCUGCUCCAGUCGCCGGCGACCCGCUUCUCAGCGAGUCCUUGGCCCAGUGAACUUCGACUGGUUCUCUCGUCGUCUUUCAAAAAAUUGCCGAUUUGUGCCUUCUUCUCGUCUAACGUGCGGUGCGACGAUCUUCGGUGAUUCGGUGUGCUCUAGCGGGCUGGUGGUAUCCUCCGAUUGGGAUUAAGGACGGUGCCGUUUCUCCGUGAUUGGGAUUAGGACGGUGCGGGAUUUCUGUGUGGCCGAUUUGUUUGCGCUCGUCAACGGCGGACGGACGAACCCCGGCUUGACCACCAAGGAUUUCGUUUGUUUGCGCCAUCUUCGCACAACUUUGAGACGACGAUGACGAGUCGGUUCGUCUACGGGCGACCGCUACAUUGAAAGGCACGGUCGCUGGCGCGUUCUCCGCUGGUUGCUGCAGGCGGCCGGCAACGGCCUGCCCAGCCCCAUGGCGCCCACCGUGGCGUCGCUGCAGUCCCGAACGGGCGCCCUGGCACUGCACUACGCGGCCGCCAAGGGAUGCCUCGACUGCGUCGUCCUGCUCACCGAGUCCUGCCCGGAGCUCGGUGCCAACACCCCGAUGGAGAACCAGGUGACGCCCGUGUACCUGGCGGCGCAGGAAGGUCACGUGGCCGUACUGCAGCACCUGGUCACCGUGGCCGGAGGAAACCUGCACCUCAGGGCACGUGACGGCAUGGCCCCGCUACACGCCGCCGCGCAGAUGGGUGCCCUGGACUGCGUUCGAUGGAUGGUGGAGGACCAGGGCGUGGACCCCAACCUGCGAGACAACGACGGUGCGACCGCGGCGCAUUUUGCGGCCAGCCGGGGUCACGUGGAGACGCUGCGUUGGCUGCUGGCGCACGGCGCGGCCAUCCUGCCGGACAAGUACGGAAAGUCGCCCUUCCACGACGCCGCCGAGAACGAACAACUCGAGUGCCUGGCAGUCCUCAUCGGUCACGUGUCCAACCCGGAACAGCACGUGACCCAAAGCAAGGCCAACGCAGGCUCCGGAAAGCGGGGAUCACCUCAGAAAGGACAGGUGACGCAGACGUGCUCGUGUCCCGGUCCGGCCCGUUCCUCGGGUCCCGGAGGGCGCUCGUCGCGUUCAUCGCGGCCGCCGCAGCAGAUCCUGCAGCAUCUGCCGCAGCAGCGCGUCUGCGGCGCCCGGGCCCCGUCGCCCACUGCCGCCAGCGUGUCGUCCUCGGUGAACACCGUGCCCGCCGCGGCCGCCGCCGCUGCCACCGGCGCGGCCUCGUCGUCCCGGGCCGGCGGACAGCAGGACAGCUCGACGGCACAGCAGCAGCAGCAGGCUAGCGGCCCGCCGCAGGAACCCUUCUUCCUGCACGAGCCGCACAUGACCGUCAGCGACCGGGUGCGGAAGCUGUUCGAGAGCGCGGCGGGAAUCGCCACCGCAAACACGGCGUCCCUGCAACCCAGCAACCUGCACGUCGUCACUGCGGAGGUGCACGACAACGGCGGCGCAGACAGCUUCGGCAGCAGCGCCAAGACCGAGGAGGCUAAGGGCGCCGGUGGCGGGAGCUCGUCCGACUCGAGCGCCAGCACAGACGAGGGCAUCUGCCAGGACGACGCGACGCUCGAGGAAGACGGCAGCGAAAAGCGCGACUCGGACGCCGCGUCUCUGACGCCGCAGAGUGCGAGGCGCAAGGCGCCUUCUCCGGACAUCGCCUCGUGCGCCUCCUCGGUGGCCGGGGGUCCCGACGACCCCGACGAGGACGACGACAUGGCCGGUCGUACCACCAUCUUCCACAGCUCGCAGAUGAAGUGCAAGUCGCCGUCGCCGCUGCCAUCACUGCAGCCGCAGCAGCAUCAGCACUCGCCGGCGCCUCAGCAACCGGCGCAGCCGGCGCAUCAGCCGGUUCAGCAACAGCAUCAUCAACCGGCUCAGCAACAGCAGCAUCAACCGGCUCAGCAACAGCAGCAUCAACCGGCUCAGCAACAGCAGCAGCAGCAGCAACAACAACAACAACAACAACAACAACAACAGCAGCAGCAGCAGCAGCAGCAGCAGCAAGUGCAGAACAACAGCAGGACCACUCCCUCCCCUGCCAUGCUGAAGCCCGUCUCCAAGACGUCUUCUCCUCGGUCGCCGAUUUGUUCCAAUGGCAACGGCAGCAGCGACACGCCGAAGUUUCCGUCGCAGGCGCUUCUUCGGCCCACACCCGGGUCCGCGCUGCUUCGCGACAUGCCGCACGCGUCUCCCCCGCUGCGCAACAAGUGCUCCUCGCUGGCCGACCUCCUCGACGCCGACCAGCAGCACCAGCAGCAGCAGCAGUCGCAGCCCCAGACGUCGUCGAGCAACGCCACGUCAUCGCCCGGCCAGCCCCGCGGCCAAGUCAAGAAGCCGUUCGAGAACGGCAUGAAGAAGGCUUCGUCCACGAUGUCGUUGAUCACGCCCCCGCUUCAGCUCCCUCCCGCACCGACGCCGGCCGCGUCCGUCAGCGCCAGCGACGCUUCCGUCGCCGAACUAAGCAGCAGCAGCAGCAGCAGCAGCAGCAGCAGCGAUUCGGACUACGAGACCAUCUGCACUGUGUCCACCUACAAGGAGGACAAGCUGGUCAAGUCACUCAGGCCGGUGACGCAGGCCGCAGACACUUCUACCUCCUCCACGACCUCCACGACAUCUCCCGCGACGCCUUCACCGCCACCGCCUCCACCGCCCGUGUGUACAGCCGUGUCCUCACCCCCGCCUCCGCCGCCGCUGCCUAAGAGUUUCGACAUCCGGUCCACGGAGAGCACGCUACGGCGACCCGGGUCGCUGGGCACCAGCAACGGCGGAGACUGCUGCCGCUCGGAGACCUCGUCGAACGCGGACACGGACGAAACGGCGUCCUCCGCGAGCACCACGCACAGCGAAGAGAGGACGCUACCGAGGUUGUUCGAGAGGCCCGUGCCCUUUAUCCCGCCUAUGUUCAUGCAGCCGCCGGACUCGGACACGAACAUUAAGCCUUCCGAGUACCUCAAGACGGUGUCCAACAAGCCCAAGCCGCACCUGAUAAACAAGGAAUCGAAGGUCGAAAACGGCGUCGCGACGAAGAGGCCUCUGGGAAGGGUCCUCGAUACUCAUCCGGCGGCUUCUGCCCAGAACGCCGCCAACGCACAUUCCAUGACGUUGCCGUUGACCGCAAGCAUCGCCAAUGUCGCCAAAGCGCUCAACGGACUCAACGGUCUCGGCAGCCCGCACAACGGCACCAACGGUCAUGGCCUCGGGUACAACGGGCUCAACGGCCUCAACGGAACGAAAGUCGGCAACGGAAGCCUAUGCGGCGGCAGCGUCAGCAGCGGCAGCGUGAACGGAGACGACUCGCCCACGCCUUCGCUCUGCGAAGAGAAGAUUCACAGCAACGGUUCGGGUGUGAAUGGCGACGUCAGCAGCAGCUGCAGCACUAACAGCCUGCCGCGGUCCAUUCCGUCGACGCCAUGUUCGCCUCAGCCGAACGGCGGUGCCUUCUCCAUCACCAAGGAGCAGCUGCAGAACGUUCAGCUCAAGAGGACGGACAAGCCAAGCACGUUGGAACGGUGCGUCCUGCUCCAGAAGAGCCCGUGCAGCACGCUGGCUGAGCAGAAGAGCACCAUCAUCGAGGAGCUGAAGCAGUCCAUCGGCACCCAGGGAGUCCACGGCGUCCGGAAGCUCAAGGAAGAGCGACAGAGGCUCGAGGAGGAAAAGGAGAAGAAGAAAGCCGAGGAGCUCCUGCAGCAGAUCAAGGCGACCAACUUCGUGGACACGAUACCCGAGAAGGACAACAACGGCUGCGUCAUCCCCGCCUGGAAGCGCCAGAUGCUGGCCAAGAAGGCAGCAGACAAGGCGCGGAAGGAGGCGGAAGAGGCACUGCAGAGAGAGGCUGAAGCGAAGAAAUGGACAUCAGUGCCUGCCUGGAAACGUCAGCUUCUCAUGAAGAAUGGCGAUGCUACAUUACCAAGCAGCAGGACCCUCGGGCCUAAGCCCUUGACGGGAACACUCAGCUGUCCCGCAACGCCGGUGUCCAGCGCUCCUUCUUCGACAACGUCCACGCCGGCGUCGACGCCGUCCAAAUCGGAGAACGGCACCGACAGCAGCAGCAGCAGCAGCAGCAGCGAGCCGGCGUCUCCGGCCCCGGCGUCCAACGCCUCGUCCCUGGUCAUCGCUGAAGAAGACAAGCCACAGAACCCGUUCCUCCAGCACGGCCUGCGCAAGGUCAACGUGCGUCUCCACUGAGCUCGGCAGUGGAGGCGCGUUCCGAGGCUGCUAGCUCGCAAGAGUCUUCCCCACUCUCCGGCGACGUAUGUGAGAGUAUGUGUGUGUCAAAAAGAAAUGUGAUCGUCCUCACGAGAGACGACGCUGAAGACGACAGAUGAAGAAAAGUCGUGGUGUCUCGCGACGAACGAUGCCCUUCGUGGAGAAAGACUCUCGAGUGCCCGGUCGUUUUGUUACGUUGUUUGUUGUUUCGUUUCCUCCGCGGUCCUUCAUUUUCUUCCUUUCUUCCCUUCCUCGCUGUGUGUGUGUGUGAAGACUGUUGUUUCCUCGCCGCCUUUCUUCCGGUGCACGCACACAAACACACAAGCGCGGACACACGCAAACGCGUUAAGCGUUCUGCAGGGGCGCCGCCGAAUCCUGCGGCGCCGGGGCCUGAGAGAACGACUUAACCGUGUUGAUGAAAGUUCUUUUGCUCUUAUUUUUUUCUGAACUGUUCAUCUUUGCGUGAUAUGAAAACGGAGAGGGAAAUGGGACAUCACGGACAUAUCCUCGGGCGCGCAGUUGUGUGCUUAUUUGCCUAAGCAAGCAACCUGUGCUGCCCUUCAGCGAACAAAAAAAAAUUUUUUUUUUACACCUAUGUAAGACUAUGAACAGCUCAGCUGCGGCGCUCGAUCACGGAAUCGAGCAGAAAUGUCGUCUCUGCGAUCGCUUGCGAGCGGGAAUACCAUGUGGGCUUUCACGAUGAGCGUCAAAUUCAGAUUUACCCGGUUCAAAAGUGAUGCCCGCACCAGAAACUGAGCUGACGACGUCGAAAAAUAAGCGACGCUAAUUUAGAGAAAUCGCGUAUGGAGGGAACAUUACAUCACACGCAGUAUGCGCGCCACUUUUCUGAAGGCCGCAUACGACGCAGUGUCCAAUUUCGGGAAAGGUUCCUGAAACUUAUGCUUUUAUAGUGACGCCUAUACUUGGACGAUCUUUGAAAUCAUGUGUUUAGAGGGCGCCACAUGAGAGAGGGAGUGCAUUGCAGAAGCACGUCCUUUUAUUUCUGCUUAUGCGACCGAUUGAACACAGAAAAUAAGAAGCCACAGCUUUCACGUAAACAGGCACAGGCGCCGGAAGAAAGCUUCGUGGCUGGUCACCGAGAAGAUUUGACGAGGUCUGUGACUACGGUGGCACCACAGGUAUUGUGGCCGCUCUAAGCGCAUCACGAUGGCUAGUCCCCACACAGUCGGUGCAACGGUGCGACAUCGAUAGCACAAGGAACUUGCAUUUUGUUCAUUAGGCGUUGCGUCGAGGUGUUUGAUGCGCAAGCGAACUUCGUGUGGACUUGCCGUGUGCCGAGAACUCCUUCAGUCGCCGUGAUUCCUUUAAGCUCGCACUGUCGCCCGACCUUCGCAAUCCUUAUACUUCCUCUUCUAUUCUUCUAACCUUUCCCCGGAUGUUGCUUAUCUUACUGAGCCGCGAUAUUAUCAGUGUUGUUUGUUUGUGAAUGCGAAGCCGCUCGAUUAGUGCGUCGAGCUCACUGCCGACUUUGGCGAGCGCUUAAAGAAGGUCACUACUUGACGGAGACGGAGGGCUCUGCUAGGGGUGAAGAUACUAUAGUAUUUCGACAGCAUCUGUCGGCCAUGCAAUCUACGGAGGUGUGUAAAAGAGGAGUAAAAUAAAACUUUAUGGAGCCGCCUGCAGGCUGACGCUAAGGCAGAAAUUUUGUUUUCAAUCGCAGCGUAAUCUUAUUCUCUGUAGUCGAACUAACCUUCUUCUUUCACAAACUGUUUUUUUUUUCUUUUCUUUCUGUACAUAGCGUCGAAUUCUCUAAAGGCUGCGCCUGAGGUGCCUUUGAGAAGCCUUUUACCUCAACUUUUGCAUCAUCUUGCGUCUCUGCAAGUUAGUUUAACGUAUGACGUAACACUUGCACUCCUUUUAUUUUCCCCCCUUUUGUUAUUCCAGGAAAUUUUAACACGAUGUCUCUAUAAGGGCUACGUGACGUCAAAGGGCGCCGUCCACGUCUGCUAUCGCUCCUUUGAGAAUUCUCUGUACUGCGAACGUAAUCAAACAUUUUUCCACCUCUCCAACUUGGCUUCAACUUUACGCCUACGAAAGAGGCAGGGUUUUCCUUUUACAAGUGCUAUCGCUCGUCAUUUUCGAGUUUGAUGAGAAAAGCAGGACCAAAGCUGUGACAGGUCCCCCGACGCGACGAGCUUCGAGAAGCAACGCGAGCUGGACGACAGGGUCUCCUUGAAGCGCUAGUCUUCAGAAGCACGUAGAAGGAAGAUCACAUCUUACGCAAGACAGGGUUAAAAGAUAAUAUUUCCUGUAAAUAAACUCGUGAAAAGGGUCUUGUCAGCUGCAUUAAUCCACAGAUGAGCCAUACAUCCGUGUUAAAUUUAGCACACACCAAUACAAAGUCCAGCAACUUUUGCGAGGCAGGGGUGAAAUGACAAUGUUGUUUAUAUAUAAGCUCUAUAGCAAAGGUCUUUCAACUGCAUUUAUCCGCGAACAUGCGAAACUUCAGCGAUGGCAGAAACUUUUUUUUUUAAUUAGGGUGGCCAGGCUGAAGUCGGCUCUCAUCCGAGUUUUAAGCAAAAGCGUAAGAGGAAAUUUCUUCGUAUCGUAUUAUUAUUUCUCAAUAAGGAGAUCGUUAAAGCGCGAUGACCAGGGACAAGUAUUACAAGGGGCGAAGCAGCCUCCCAGACGACGGCGUGCCUUUAACGCAGCGCAAAUGCGAGAAAGAAGGCGUUUUUUUUUUCUCUCUCUCUCUCUCUCCAGGUUGCUGACGUCAUUACCCGCUGCGGUAAUGUUUUACGACACGUUCAGGCCACUCUGCGAAGUGAUGCCGCCGUCGCGGGAGAAAUUACUUUUCGGCGACAAGCGUGGUGCACCGCGCGAGCGUGACUUCUUCCUCUGCCCGCGCAGACCGACCGGUGAAAGCUCUAUUUUUUCGAAAGAGAAAAACAAAAAUAGAGAGAAGGAGAGACCAAGUCAUGGCUGCAACGUGGAGGAGUGCGAACGCUUCUUUCUCAACUCUUCAGUCUGUUCGUUUUGUUUGAGCGCGUGUGUGCGAGUGAGAAUGUAUGCGUAUGUAUAUUUUUUUUUAUUUGCAGAUGAAAAUAAAUGUCUUCAGAGAAAUAGA